GUUGUUUUGAAUUGAAAAUGCGACCUGAUGCUGCUGCGACAUGGACGAUAGAAGCGCAGAAGAUAAAACUGAAACGAAAUCAUUCGUUAUUGAUAUAAAUGUAAAAUACCAAUUUAGUGGAACAGAGAAUGAUAUUGAGGGACUGAAGAAUGAUGAGGAUUACCUGAAAAAUAUUUGCAGUGCUUUAUUACCGGUACUCAACAAAAAAACUGGUUCUGACAAAAGCGAAACAUCCUCAGCAGUGUCAGUCACUGCGGUGAGUAUCUCUAAUGCAACAUCUACAGAUGUACACAUUCAAAGUCUCAAUUUAACAACAACACAGGAGCAACCAAUGAGUGACCUAAAAGUACUUGCAACAGCCACAGAGUUACAGCAGACAAAGUCAUCAGAAUCAUCAAUGCCUCAUGUAGGGAUGAGGUGUGCAUUCACUAAAAAGAGACCAGCAUCAGAUAACAUAGAAAGUUCGCAGACAACACCACCAUCAAUAUCAAGUGUUUCAGCCAUAAAAUCACAAACAGAACAUCAAGGUGCAAGGACAAAUAAGUGUGUAAAUGUGAGAUCAAGACUAAGACCAAUUGCUAUAAAACCUUUACCACCAACAAUUUAUGGCCACACAUCUGCCAAUGGCUCACAGCCAUUUGUUCCAAUUGUUUUAAAACAAGUUAGGAGCUCAUUUGCAUUAGUUCCACAAACUCAACUAGUGUCAACUGUGGAGUCUUCAGUGAUAAGUAAACCCACACCUUGUAGUCAACCAAUUUCACCACAGACUUCAAAAUUUAUUGCUCAACAUAAAUCUUUUUUAUCAGAGCAGCACACUUUUCGGCCUGUUAAACCCAAUGAACUGCUUCUGGAUUUAUAUGAACAACACUUGGAUUUAUUCGCAGGAACUAAAUAUUCGAGAACAAGUCUGUGGGAGAAAGUUGCAUCAAUAAUGGUUGAACAGGGUUAUUCAGUUACUGGACCUCAGUGCAACAAUAGGUGGCGCUAUCUACUUGCUACAUUUAAUAAAGUUGCGACAAGCGAUAGCGAUUCCAAUUCAUUUAAGUAUUUCAAUCGAAUUGCAGAGAUUCUACAUAAAAAAAGUACAAUGCCUGUAACAGCAGCAAAGACUCCAGGUGUUAUUGCUGAAGCAAUGCUUGAGGUUCUUGGAGAUAAAGAGGAAGGAAGGCCAGUUGUGAAGAAGCGGCGAAGACGCAAGGAAGAUGAGAAAGAUGAAUUAAUAGCAACCUUAAGUAAGAAGAUGGAACAGUUACAAGAAAUGCAGAAUGAAAUGACAACAUUUUUAUCAGCAUUCAAGGAUGGCAUUGUAAAAAAGCAGUAAAAAGUAAAUUAAAGUUAAAUUAAUAUUUAAUGAGAUUUUUUAGAAAAUAUGAAAAUUUUAGGCAUAGUGUUUAAAGAUAAAACAUUAAAACCAGUGGUUGUGCCAGCAGGUUAUUGGCACCUAUCAAUGAACACUGAUUUAAAAAGGCAUUUUUACAGUCUGACAGUGCCAUUUCUGUAUCUAGAAGUAUUCUUCAAAUUUGCAUGGUGGUGCUGAGGUACUAUAGGUGUGGACCUUCUGUCAGGGGCCUUGGAUCACUCAGGAACCUCUAGCACCGCCACUGAUCAUAACAAAAAGUUCAUACAGUACAGUAUAUAAUUUACAGUAAAAACGAACAUACAGCACAUAAAAUGUAACUGACUUUGAAUUUUUGACGUGUCAGCUCAUCAAUAGAAUCCUGCGGUAAACCGUAUUACUGAUCAGGUAUCCCACUUUCUUGACCUUUAAUGAUAUUUGGUUGAAUGAGGGCAUUGUAGAGAGGUGGCAAUGUCAGUCUUUGGUCCCGAUUAGGAUCAGGAGAUAGGACCUUGUCGGAUGUAACCUGCUGCAACUGUCUUCCUGUUGGAUGGUGUGUUGUGUAUAAUUUUUAUUGCUAAAGUAAAGUAUAGUACAGUAUAUAUUUCUUAUAUUCCCAUGUGGCACUGUUAUAAAUUUACAAAGUAUACUAAGACUACUUCUGAAACGAUUAAAAUAAAUACAUGGUUUUCUGUUCCAUCCACAUGCAAAAUUAAUAAUUUUCUAAAUGCACAGGGAACAGGCCACUUACAAAUAAAAGUAAUAUAUAGUGUUAAACUUAUUCGUUUAUUGAGGAUGCCAUCAUCGAUGAUGUGUUCUUAAUUGUUUUUCAAUUUUAAUUUAUUGGGUUUAAUAAAGUGUCCAGAAAAUACAAUAAAAAA